AUGGGGGUUUUCGGUCCAAAUCUUGAGCCCAUGGCCGGUUCUGUAGAAGUCUACCUAAGCUAUGUACAGUAUACCAACACUCUGACGUUCAAGACUGCAUUUGCUAUCCCCGUUAACCUCUGCGUCGUGAGAAGGCUCCGCAAGAUUUUCGUACGCCUGUGUCUCUUUACCAUCGCCAAACUCCAGAAAGGCGAGUCGGUUCUGAUCCAUGUAGGAGCAGGCGGCAUCGGCCAAACAGCAAUUCGACUUGCAUUGCAUAUUGGAGCCGUGGUCCAUACCACUCCUGGAUCAGAUCAGAAGAAGCAAUUGCCCAUUGACAAUUUUGGUAUCCCCAAAAGCCACAUCUUCUCAACGAGAGACACCGAGUUUGGGAACAGCAUUCGAGAAGUCACUGGUGGUGUCGGCAUAGAUGUUGUCCUAGACUCUUUAGCACAGCCAUUAUUGGUGGAGUCGCUCGGGGUUCUUGCACCCUUCGGGCGCCUUGUGCAGCUUGGGAAAGUCGAUGUUGUCGGCAGUUCCAGGAUGGACAUGGCAUUACUGCAACCAAGCGUUUCCUUCACGUAUGUUGACCUUGUCCAGCUAUUUCAUUGCAAACCGAAAGUGGCCGCCGAUCUCUCCUUAGAAGUACAACACUUGGUUGAAACAGGCAUCUUUCUACCCCCUGCCCCAUUGCAUAUGUAUCCUAUAUCUCAAAUUAAAUAUGCAUUUCGCCAUUUCCAGAGCCGGGUUGCGGGCAAGGUUGUCCUCAGCUACGGCGUGGCUGACCAGGUCAAGGUGAUUCCUCGUAAUAUUGAAUGCAAAAGCCUGUCCCCAGAAGGCACAUAUGUGGUAGCCGGUGGACAAGGUGGAUUAGGUCGAGAGAUAUGCUCUUGGAUGGCACAGCCAGGGGCAAAGAGCAUUGUUAUACUAUCGCCAUCUGGGUCUACGAAUGCAUCUACGCAGGAGCUCAUCGAAGAGCUCGGCCGGCGAGGAACAGAUGUGCGUGCCAUUUCGUGUAACAUUAGCAGCAGGGAGCAGCUAAAUUUCGUGCUUGCAGUUUAUGCCUUUGCACGUUGGCGAACGUCACAGAGAAAACCCACGCGGUCAAUCGACAUAGGACCGAUUGAAGGAGCAGGCUAUCUGCAUGAAAAGCCCGAGGCUUUGGAUAAUCUGCGGAAGUCCAACCUGGAGACAAUUCCCUUGGACCAUUUGCUCUCCACCCUGGCCGUUGCAAUUUCCGACCAGAUUGAUGAUGUCUCUGCCAGCCAGUUAGCACUCGGCUCGUUCACGCCCAAGGCACCGAGAGAGAGCAGUGCUCACCUUGACGAUCCCUUCACCAAGCACCUACAUAUCCUAAAAAAGCCCUUGUCUGCAGCUGCCUGUACUGGGGCUGUUGUGACCCCUGAAACAAUAAUUUUUGAAGCGCUCACGGUUGAUCGACCCACCCAGGAAGUUUGGGCCAGAAUCCAGCUUGCAAUAUAUCACGUGUCACAGAUGACGGGCGUUCGGUUACAGGAAAUUGACCCUCUCCAGUCAGUUAUCUUCCAUGGAGGAGACUCAUUGAUUGUUGUGGAAUUCAGGAAUUGGCUGCAGCAGGAGCUCAGAAAGUCUUUCCUAUCGGGCAAGAAUAUCGGAUAA